AUGCAAGAUACCGAGAAUAAAAAUGAAUGGAUUAAGUGGAUUGAAGAAGCUAUUGACAAAGAACAUAUAAAAUAUUAUGAAUACAAGGAAUUUAAUAACUUUCAAGAAAUUGGUACCGGAGGUUUUGGUAAAGUGUACCGUGCAAAUUGGAAAAAUUUAUAUAAAUGUUUUGCGGUAAAGUCUUUUUUUAGUCUUAACAAUAUCACCGUAAAAGAAAUUAUUCGUGAGUUAAAAAAUCAACGUGAAGUUGAUUAUCAUGAUAAUAUUAUUCAUUGUCAUGGAAUAACGAAAUUUGAGUCAGCAGAAUAUCAUGUUAGUAAUAAUUAUAUGUUAGUAAUGGAAUAUGCUAAUAAUGGCAGUCUUCGAAGUUAUUUUGAAAAAAUCUUUGUUAAACUUACAUGGGAUGAUAAAUAUAUUAUGGCAUACCAGUUAGCUUGCGCUCAUUCUGGUAAUAUAUUAGUUCAUCAAAACACGAUCAAAUUGGCGGAUUUUGGAUUAUCAAAAAGAAUCGGAGCAUCAUCAAAUGUUCAAUCCAAAAUAUUUGGAAUGGUUCCUUAUGUUGAUCCAAAAAUUUUUAAUAGACGAAGAAAUAAUAAUAACCAAACAUCGCAAAUUUACUAUUUAAAUGAAAAAAGCGAUGUUUACAGUGUUGGCGUAUUGUUAUGGGAAAUAUCCAAUGGACAACCUCCUUUUUAUGUUGAAGGUGGAGGAUAUGAUGUUGGUUUAGCUUUAGAGAUUUUACAAGGUCUUAGAGAAACAGUUGUUCCUGAUACACCCAAAAAUUAUGUAAAAAUUUAUACUAAGUGCUGGGAUGGUGAACCAGAUAAUCGUCCAAAUAUAUUUCAAGUAGUUGGUUGUUUAAAAGAAAUGAUUACAAAAACAGAUGCAAUUGCAGAAAAUUUUCAAUUGUCAGGUGAACAAGAAGUCAAUGAUGCUUCAAAUACUAAUAAUUCAGAAUUACAAGGAGAUUUAUCUCAACUUAUUCAAAAUUUUAAUAAAAUGAAUACAAAAGAAAUUGAUCCUAUGGUAGUUUUAAGUAAACAAGAAAAUCUUUCAACAAUAGUUGAUGAAAUAAAUGAUUUUAUUUAUAAUGUAUCAAACAAAGGAAUUGAAUGGAAAUUAAUAAAAGGGCAAGUUAUUGAAUAUCUUAAUAAUUUUAGUACUAAUCCAGAAGAAAUUUAUAAUUGGUUAUCAAAUAAUCAAAAUAGUUCAAAUUCAAUUUUUUUAUUUGGAUAUUUUAAUCGUUAUGGAAUUGCAACAAGUGAAGAUCAUAAAAAAUCUUUCAAUUUAUUUAUUAAUGCAUCAAAUCAAGAUCAUAUAUUAGCACAAUAUUUUGUUGGUGAUUGUUAUCUACGUGGAAUUGGAACUACAAAAAAUGAAAAAUUAGGUUUUGAAUACUUUGAAAAAGUAGCUAAUAAAAAUUUUGCAUGUGGACAAUUAGAUGUUGGUUAUUACUGUUAUAGAAACGGAAUAGGUAUUAAUAAAGAUAUAAAAAAGGCUAUUUAUUGGUAUGAAAAAGCUGCAAAUAAUGGAAAUAUAAUUGCUAUGCGUAAUCUUGGUCUUUGUUAUAAAAAUGAAAUAGGUGUUAAAAAAGAUUAUAAUAAAGCAUUCGAAUUGUCUAAGCAAUCAGCUGAAGGAGGAGAUUUAGGUGGGAUAACUCUGUUAGGAAAUUGCUAUAAUAAUGGUAUUGGAACUAAAAUUGAUAAACAAAGAGCAGUUGAAUUAUAUCAAAAUGCUGCAAAUUUAGGAGAAAUGACAGCAGAACAUAAUCUUGGUUUUAUGUAUGAAAAUGGAGAAGGAAUUACAAAAGAUAUAGAUAAAGCAAUUUAUUGGUAUAAAAAAUCUGCUAAGCAAGGAUAUAAAAAUGCACAAAAUAGAUUAGAAAUACUUCAAAAAAAAUAA